GGGGAGGUGCAGCCCCGCGCGCGGGUCGGGGGAGGGCAUGGAGCCUCACGGAGUCCGCGCUGGCCAGACCGCGGGCGCGAGGCCGAGGGACCCGAGGCAGCUGCUCCUCUCUCCUAGCCCGGCAACCCGAGAGGGGAGGCCGUUUGCUCUGUUCUCCCUCCUGGAAGAACAGGGGCUGGGCCCCUCAGAACAGCCCGCAAGAGUUUGCGAAGCUGCGUUAGAGAAACCCCAUCCCCCCAAAUCCUGUAACUCACACCCCCUCCCCGCCCCUGCCCGGGCUCUGACCCCAGAGAGGGGGGCUGGGCUGAGCAGGGCGGGGCGGAGGCUUCCAGUCGGAGCGCGAGAAGGAGGCCCCUUGGGUUUAGCGAAGACUGAAUGUCUCCGCCGUCCGGGCGGGGUGGGGGCUCCCCUCCCCCAGUCACUCUAAGGGCAGCUCCUCCCCUCCCCACCCUGGCUAGGGCCCUGGAAGGCCAGCGGAGCGGGGCACCCAGGCCUGCGGUGGGGUGGAGGUGGUACACUGGCCCCAUGGGACUGUUACAGGGCGCCGGCGAGAGCAGGUUUACUAGGUCUGGGAAGAGAGUGAGGAUGGAGCCCAGGAGGUGGAGAAGCCCUGCCCCGAUAGCUGCUGUGUGUGUCCUGGUCAUUCCGGCCCGCUGUGCCUUUGAUUCCCAGGCUCUUGCACUUCCCAUUCUCCCUCUGCCUAGGCCCUUUGGGCCCCCAGCCCACUUUCCUGCUCGGUCCGUGAGUGCUGGCGUGUGGCAGGACGAAUCUGGAGACCGGGCCUGGGAGCGUGGAGGCCCAGCGAAACUAGGCCAGGGUUGAGGUGCGGAGUCUGGACGCGGUUUAAGGGCCCAGCUAUAUGGAGUGCCCGAAGGCCUAAGCCUUCUAGAAACCUUCCCUUGCCGAACUGCAGACUGAGGAGGGUCCCCAGCGCCUGAUCCAUCUGUCCUGGAACCGCUAGUCGUCCCCUGGUGCUUCCGCGGCUGGUGGGCGUAAAGCGCAGGAGUGGGCGCAAAGGUGGCGAGCUUUAAGGCGGAUUAGUUGUGCAGAAACCUGCCAGGCCCUGGGACUCGGCCUGGUAGGAACCCUCCUUGGCGAGGUUUAGGCUUCUGUCCACCCUUACUGGCUGCUGGGUUCUCCCCCUACAGCACAGGGUCCCCAGCCGCAGGCUCUCGGGAGGGCCGGCCCCCGGCGCCCGGCGCUGUGGGUUUGCCGCUGCGGCCUGGCUGGCGGGCCCCGAGGGGCGCGCGGGGUCGCGGGCCGGCCUGCAGGGCUUUGUGCCGCUCGCUCCCGGGUGUGCGCGAGGCGCAGAGCAUCCAAAUUGACACCAUAUGUUUUCCUAUUAGAUGCUUCGCGGUCGAAUUCUAGGCGCAUAAUCAUCGCCACUGGGCGAGAGCGCCAGCCGUCCCUAGGGAAGGGACACAAUGAUUGAGGCUUAACCUCUGAAGGGGAACUUAUAGCUGCGCUUCCUCGCUGCCAUUUCGAUGCUGGCAGAGGCGACCUGGCCCUGGGCGAGCACCCGCCGGCGGUCGCUGUGGAGGUGGCGGGCAGGUUGUUUUUUGCAAUGCGGGGAGAAGGAGGGAGGUCUAGGGUUAGGCGGCCUCACACGCCUUGGCAUUCCUAGAUUGGGACCUGCUCAGGCAGCGCGUGAAGUUUAGAAAGUCUUUCUCGAUCUUUCUCUGGGGCAGCCUUUCUUUUUCCUGGAAGGCUCCCUUUGCCCAAAGGGGAGGCUCCGUAUCUGGAGGAGUAGAAGCUCUUUCGAGGCAAAGGAAGGCAAUAAAGGGAGUUUAGGAGAAAACGGUAAGCGCGAUCUAGGGCUUGCUCUGUUGGAGAAACGGUGUCCCUGCGAUGGCCCUGCUCACGCUGGGCCCGGCCGGAGCCUAGAUACCCCAAAAGCCUGUCAUUUCUCAUCGAGUUGAGGCUCCAGCACCCCCCUCAGUGAGGGCCCCCCCCUGCCCCAAGCCUUCGGCUACCCUGAAAACGCGGCUCCCCUCGAAGGGGAAACGAGUGCAGUUCAAUCUCGUCUGAGUGAUCUACAAAUAGGGACGGAAAGGGUCGUUUUAUCACGGUCCCGUUUGUCGUGACGAUGCAAUUUCCCGGAGCGGAGCACUGUCACAAAGUGACAAGGCUGCCACAAGCGCCCCGACUGAUCUUUUCAAUUAGCCUUCCAUGCAUGAUCCGGAGCGACUUCCGCCUAUUUCCAGAAAUUAAGCUCAAACUUGACGUGCAGCUAGUUUUAUUUUAAAGACAAAUGUCAGAGAGGCUCAUCAUAUUUUCCCCCCUCUUCUAUAUUUGGAGCUUAUUUAUUGCUAAGAAGCUCAGCUUUCUGGAGUCAAUUUAUCAGAGGCUCCAAGGAGAAGAGAGGAGAGGAGAGCUGAGCGAGGAGCCACAUCUUCUCCUGGAAGGGCUGCUCUCUAGAGUCGGGGCUGCAGGUCACAGCGGAGUGAAUCAGCUCGGUGGUGUCUUUGUCAACGGGCGGCCACUGCCGGACUCCACCCGGCAGAAGAUCGUAGAGCUAGCUCACAGCGGGGCCCGGCCGUGCGACAUUUCCCGAAUUCUGCAGACCCAUGCAGAUGCAAAAGUCCAAGUGCUGGACAAUCAAAACGUGUCCAACGGAUGUGUGAGUAAAAUUCUGGGCAGGUAUUACGAGACUGGCUCCAUCAGACCCAGGGCAAUCGGUGGUAGUAAACCGAGAGUAGCGACUCCAGAAGUUGUAAGCAAAAUAGCCCAGUAUAAGCGGGAGUGCCCGUCCAUCUUUGCUUGGGAAAUCCGAGACAGAUUACUGUCCGAGGGGGUCUGUACCAACGAUAACAUACCAAGUGUGUCAUCAAUAAACAGAGUUCUUCGCAACCUGGCUAGCGAAAAGCAACAGAUGGGUGCAGACGGCAUGUAUGAUAAACUAAGGAUGUUGAACGGGCAGACCGGAAGCUGGGGCACCCGCCCGGGUUGGUAUCCGGGGACAUCGGUGCCAGGGCAACCUACUCAAGAUGGCUGCCAGCAACAGGAAGGAGGGGGAGAGAAUACCAACUCCAUCAGUUCCAAUGGAGAAGAUUCAGAUGAGGCCCAAAUGCGACUUCAGCUGAAGCGGAAGCUGCAAAGAAAUAGAACAUCCUUUACCCAAGAGCAAAUUGAGGCCCUGGAGAAAGAGUUUGAGAGAACCCAUUAUCCAGAUGUGUUUGCCCGAGAAAGACUAGCGGCCAAAAUAGAUCUACCUGAAGCGAGAAUACAGGUCUGGUUUUCUAAUCGAAGAGCCAAAUGGAGAAGAGAAGAAAAGCUGAGGAAUCAGAGAAGACAGGCCAGCAACACACCUAGUCAUAUUCCGAUCAGCAGUAGUUUCAGCACCAGUGUCUAUCAACCAAUCCCACAACCCACCACGCCUGUUUCCUCCUUCACGUCUGGCUCCAUGUUGGGCCGAACAGACACAGCCCUCACAAACACAUACAGUGCUUUGCCGCCCAUGCCCAGCUUCACCAUGGCAAAUAACCUGCCUAUGCAACCCCCAGUCCCCAGCCAGACCUCUGCGUACUCCUGCAUGCUGCCCACCAGCCCUUCGGUGAACGGGCGGAGUUAUGACACCUACACCCCCCCACAUAUGCAGACACACAUGAACAGUCAGCCAAUGGGCACCUCGGGCACCACUUCCACAGGACUCAUUUCCCCUGGUGUGUCAGUUCCAGUUCAAGUUCCUGGAAGUGAACCUGAUAUGUCUCAAUACUGGCCAAGAUUACAGUAAAAAAAAACAAACAAUCAAAAAACAAACAAAAGGAAAGGAUAUAUUGUGUUAAUUCAGUCAAUGACUAUGUGGACACAGCAGUUGGACGUUCAGGAAGGAAAGAAAAAUGGCUGUUAGAAGCACUUCAGUACUGCAAUUGUGUCCUGUGUUGAACCACUGGGGAAUGGACUUGAAACAAGGACCUUUGUAUACAGAAGGCACGAUAUCAGUUGGAACAAAUCUUCAUUUUGGUAUCCAAACUUUUAUUCAUUUUGGUGUAUUAUUUGUAAAUGGGCAUUUGUAUGUUAUAAUGAAAAAAAGAACAACGUAGACUGGAUGGAUGUUUGAUCUCUGUUGGUCAUGAAGUUGUUUUAAAAAAAAAAGGAAAUCAUGAUCAACAAGCUUUGCCACGAAUUUGAGUUUUAUCAAGAUAUAUCGAAUACUUCUACCCAUCUGUUCAUAGUUUAUGGACUGAUGUUCCACGUUUGUAUCAUUCCUUUGCAUAUACUUAAACCUGGAACAACAUGCACUAGAUUUAUGUAAGAAAUAUCUGUUGGUUUUCCAAAGGUUGUUAACAGAUGAAGUUUAUGUGCAAAAAAAGGGUAAGAUAUAAAUUCAAGGAAGAAAAAAGUUGAUAGCUAAAAGGUAGAGUGUGUCUUCGAUAUAAUCCAAUUUGUUUUAUGUCAAAAUGUAAGUAUUUGUCUUCCCUAGAAAUCCUCAGAAUGAUUUCUAUAAUAAAGUUAAUUUCAUUUAUAUUUGACAAGAAUACUCUAUAGAUGUUUUAUACACAUUUUCAUGCAAUCAUAAGUUUCUUCUUUGGCCAGCAAAAGUUAAUUGUUCUUAGAUAUAGUUGUAUUACUGUUCACAGUCCAAUCAUUUUGUGCAUCUAGAAUUCAUUCCUAAUCAAUUAAAAGUGCUUGCAAGAGUUUUAAACUUAAGUGUUUUGAAGUUGUUCACAACUACAUAUCAAAAUUAACCAUUGUUGAUUGUAAAAACCAUGCCAAAGCCUUUGUAUUUCCUUUAUUAUACUAUUUUCUUUUUAACCUUAUAGUGUGGUGUUACAAAUUUUGUUUCCUUGUUAGAUUAACAUUCUAAACGAAUGGUUGCUUUCAUACAUACUCUAUUUUAAAUCCCAAUGAUCCUUAAAGAAAUAAUUCUUAUAGGUGUCAUAAAUCGCAAAUGUGUUAGAAAGAAAUUCCACUUAAAGCUGUGUGUAGACCUGUGCCCAUUUAUACCCAGAGUACAUAUACAAAAUGGUAGCAUUUCCCAGUUAGCUGUUUAAUUCAAAAGCUCAAAGUCGAGAAAUAAUUUAAAAAUGCAACAACCUAUUAACUAGGAAUUGUCUUUUGAAUUAGGGCUGGCGUUUUCAAUCUGGGCAGAUUUCCAUUGUCAGCGUCUCAACAGCGAUUUCACUGAACUAUAUUCAAAAGUAGGUUUCUUAUACAAGACUCCCUGAAAGCUGUUGCCUUUCUCCAAUAGGCCCUCUCCCUUUUCUGUCUCCCUCCCCUUUGCACAAGGGGCAUCACUUCCCAUUGAACCACUACAGCUGUUCCCAUUUGAAUCUCGCUUUCUGUGCGGCUGUGGAUGGGUGGAGGCUGGAGGGGGGAUGUUGCAUGUCAAGGAAUAAUGAGCACAGACACAUCAACAGACAACAACAAAGCGGACUGUGACUGGCCGGUGGGAGUUAAAGGCCUUCAGUCAUUGGCAGCUUAAGCCAAACAUUCCCAAAUCUAUGAAGCAGGGCCCAUUGUUGGUCAGUUGUUAUUUGCAAUGAAGCACAGAUCUGAUCAUGUUUAAAGUGGCGGCACGCAGGGCAGGAGUGCUUGAGCCGAAGCAAAGGAUGGAAAAAAAUAAGCCUUUGUUGGGUGAGAAAGGCCUGUCUGAGACUUUUAUUUCUGUCUGUUCUGUGUAACAUAUAAGUCAAUAUGGAUAAGUUUCUUCUGCAAGCUUCAGUCAAAGGCUGGGGGGCUGGCGACCUAGAUUAAAUGCCUCACAGGCAAAACCCUCUGGGGACAAAGACACACUUCCGCUGAAUUGUACUCUGCUCCUUUUGUUGUGUUUUAAAUCCCCAAAGGCAAAUGAUCAGAAAUAGAGAAAUUAAUUGGAGGCUUUAAAAAAUAACCUUCUAGUUUAACAUCUACUAUUUUCUAGUUAAAGAAUUACUUGUGAACAGAUAAUUGUCUGGCAUGCUGUAUAUUAAUAUUCCACCAGAGUUGCCUGCACACUGAGACAUGCUGACUGCAGUUUUUAUACGUGUGCAUGUAGUUUGAUUGACUGUGAGCCUGCGCUGCACGCGUGCACACUUCUGCGGCAGUGUGCGCACGUACGCACUAUUGGUAGAGUCGCCCGUGCAGAUAUUUCUACCUCCUAACGUUUUGCAGCCUACAUUCCUUGAGGGACAUGUGCCCAGGGAACUGUCAGAGGAAGGCUAUGUGUGAGUGUGUGUGACAGCCGCUGGCUGGCUCACUUCUUCCCUGCAAGAAGGGACGGUUUCCAAGUGACUCUGAUUUGGGCCAGCGUCAGGCAGCCGGUCCUGGCCCACGGCUCUGUUGUGCAGGGAGCAGAGACUUUGGAGCACCGGGUGUGGCAUUUGGGUGCAGGAGCUGAGGCUGGGAGGAGGGGAGUGCUGUGGCCGCAGAGGAGAGCUGCCUGUGUGCACUUAGGCACGUACAUGCGUCCUCUGAGGGUCAGGCUUGCCAGGGCGCGGUGGCUCAGCACCCUGGUUUAGUCUGAAGCGGCCACUCAGCUGCAGAUGCCCUCUGAUCCAGCAGGAUGGGUCAGCUGCCUUGCCUUCUGCCUCGUGCCCUCACCCUAGGGAGACGAGCUGUCCUUUUGAAUGGAGCUCCAGGCAUGCCCUUGGGGACAGCACGGCAGAUACUGUGUGGAAGCACUGCCCCGAGGUGGCCUUCUACUCAUUCUUGAACUAAUUCUUGUUUAUUUAUUGAUAGGUAUAUUUAUAUAUUUAUGAAUGGGAACUCUUCAGGGAUGCUUUGACGCCAUCUUCCAGGAUGGUGGCCAUCUAUUUGUGAUGUCCUUGGUAGAAUCGUGAGACUUACAGCCUAUGAUUUUUCUCCAAACUUGACUGACUUAGGGAGACCAGGUGAACAGAAUUCGAGCUGAAGGUUAAGAAACAUUCAAAUUACUCCAAGUAAACAAAUGCGCUUUACUAUAAUGAAUUCCCGGAAUAUCCCUCCUCCCCGCCCCAAAGCUGUGCCCCCUCUUGAAUGGGAAGCAGCUGCUUCUUGACGUGGCUCACAUAGUCAUUUCUUCCUCCUUUAAAAAAAAAUCAUAACGAGGCUUCCUAGGAGUCAUUCAUACAGUAUUAUUCUAAGAUUCAGCUUUGUUUGGUGAAUGUUUGUCAUCUUAGAAUGCUGUCCAUAUUCUUCUUUUUGCUCUGGGCUUUAAUGUUAACGAGAUUUUUUUUUUUUUUUAAAGGGUUUUCUUCUAUGUAUAACGCUUGGCUCACCAAGGCCAAACACAAAUUCUUCCCUUUUCUGUUCCUCAAGAAUAAACCUCAUCUGUUUUUUAUUAUUGAUAAAAAAAAAAUUUUUUUUUUUUUGCCUCGGUUCUGAAAGACUUCACUGCUCAGUUUUGAAGUUCAAAGUGUAAAUACUUAGGGUUAGAAUUGCUUAAAUUUGGUGGUGUUGAUGGUGACUACCUUUGGAAAGCAUUAACAUGAUGCUUUAGAAAUGACAUUCAUAAUGGGCUUAAACAAAUGAAUAGGGCUUUCCCCCUACUUUUGCUUUGUAUGCGCAUUCGUGUGUUGAUUCUUUAAAAGAUAGGGAAUUGAUUGCAGUGUUUCUUCCUCUUGAAGUAGUUUUAUUUUGUCUAGUGUUAGUAUUUGCAGGUCCUGGAGGUGGAGAUAAAGAAUAAAUGGAAGAGAGAGGUGGAAAUUGGUGGCUACUAUAAAGAAAUUCGGAAGGUCUUAGAACCCCAGCACCUGAGCAGACUCUAGCAGUCAAAAUAUUUACCUCAUGUUAAAGAAAGGCAAAUCUAGCGUAAGAAAUGAAUACCAUAGAGGGUUUAGAAGUUUUAGAAACAUUUAAAAGAUAUGAGGACGUUUCAAACACUGUUUGGCAUUGUUACUUAAAAUCUUUGAGACAAGCUGAUAAUUGAAAAAGAAAUCUGUCAAUAGAGUGUAUAUUUCAUAAUAUACCAAAAUGGUCUGUAUACCUACAGUAGCAUUAUUGAGGACCAGUAUUUUUAUGUAGUAAGUUAUUAGCAUAUGGACAAUUGAUGUUUCCAGAAGGAAAGAAAACACAUUUUUAGAGUGGGUUUUUAUCAGUGCAAAACAAAAAUAUACAUCCCUCUCCAGUAGCUUGUUUUUUACAAAGCUUGCCUAGUGAAUCAGACCCACAAAGUACUUGAAUCUGAUUUUUGGAAAGGCCAGGUACUAUUAUUGUUCAAAAUGCAUUUUCACUGAGUUUUAAAAGUUUCUUUUAUAUUUAAAAUAAGGGUUUAAAUAUGCACAUUCAAUUUUUAUAGUAUUUAUUUGCAAAGCAUAUACUAAAUAGUAAUUGGCUGUUAAUCUUAUAGACAUGGUAGCUAGGGUAGUAAAUCGAUGACCUACUAAGUAUUUUUGACAAGCAAUUUUCAUAUCCGAUGACCUCACAUUUCCUUUUCAGUGUCAAAUGCUAUGUAAUUCCUCCGUUGUGUGUUUGUAUAAAACGAAUCACAACACGGUGAGAAAAAGGUUAGCCUUAUUAAAAUAAUAACCCAACUAAAAUAUUCACUUGAGCUAAUUCAGAUUGUUCAUAAUGCUUUCAAAGGACAUAGCAAAGCUUUUGUGGAGUAUUUGCAUAUUAUUUAUUAUCUAUGGACUAAACUGAUUUUUUGAAGUUGCUUUACAUUUUAAAAGCACCUUUGCUUAAUAUGAAAGCCCUUUAAUUUUAACUGACAGAUCAAUUCUUAAACUUUAUUUUGAAAAGAAAAUGGGGAAGAAUUUCUGUCUUUAGAAUUAAAAGAAGUGAAAAAAAUAAACCAGACAUUCUAAAAAAAUAGAAGAAGAAACCUGAUUUUUAGUACUAAUGAAAUAGCAGGUGACAAAAUAGUUGUCUUUUUGAUUUUGAUCACAAAAAAUAAACUGGUAGUGACAGGAUAUGAUGGAGAGAUUUGACAUCCUGUCAUUGAUUCAAUUAUUCUAAUUCUGAAUAAAAGCUGUAUACAGUAUGUGUUUAUGCUACAGUGGGUUUUUUUUAAGUGACUGACAUUCAUCAUAUCGGUUAGACAGUUUUAAAAACCUAGGCUUUGUUUUCCGCAAUGUUGUCAAGAACAAAUAAAGUAUAAUUUGUGGUAUAUUAAAAGCAAACUGCUCAAAAAUGCUAGAUAUAACUGCUUCAAGAUAGGCUAAUAUAUUUGGAAAUGUAUCUUGAAAAUUCAGUUUCUCCUAACAGAUGUUAAACAGCUUUUUUUAAAAACUGAGACUCAAGUUACUUUUCUAACUUUUACUUUUUGUCUACUAUUUGUCAAAAGCUUUGAGAAUAUGGAACUAUGAUUCAAAAAACUAGUAUUUCAUAUGAAAACAAGUUCAAUAUAUCCACAAAGCCAUGUUUAUAUUGUUAUAACUGUACACACCUACCAAUGUUCAUAAUUAACAAAGGGUUUUACCUGAUGCAAUGGAAAUCUGAGUUAGCUUUUUUAUACUUUGUCUCAGACCGAUGUUUUGUAAAAAUCUCUCACCAAGCUUCAAUACAUGUUUUUCCCCAGUAUCCUAGCAUGAAUGUAGCUGUCGGUUUGAAUUUCAAUCCUGAAUUAUGUCUAUUGACAUAAUUUCACAGUGCGGACUUUAAUUGUUUAAACAGAGACCAUCUACUUCUUUGUCUAAGUUUUCUAUCACUCAAGUUCUUUAUAUUUAUUAACUACUAGGGCAGACUAAUUAUUUUUAAUGGAGUCUUAAUCCCAAAAUACUAUCUUGUUUUCAUCAAUUUCAUAACAGGAUGCAUAAGUGCAAAUUCAUUUUAUUUUAGUCUUCAUAUAUUAGCAAACAAAUUUUUUCAUUUCUUAAAAAAACUUAGCAUUUUUGGUAGGAGGUGUCUUUUUCAGAAAUGAAGAGAAAAUACGUUUUUCAUAUAUAAUUUUGAAUUUCACAAUGUUUUAUAUGCUACCUGCUGUAACAUGCACUUCAGCAUGACCUGAGUGCCUUAAACACACAUACACUAAUGACCACUGUAAGGCAUCUUGAUUUGCUUUUAUUUAAAAAUAAAAUUAUUGGGGCUUCCCUGGUGGCGCAGUGGUUGAGAGUCCACCUGCCGAUGCAGGGGACACGGGUUCGUGCCCCGGUCCGGGAAGAUCCCACAUGUCGCAGAGCAGCUGGGCCCGUGAGCCAUGGCCGCUGAGCCUGUGCGGCCAGAGCCUGUGCUCGGCAACGGGAGAGGCCACAGCAGUGAGAGGCCCACGUACCGCAAAAAAAAAAAAAUAAAAUUAUCUAUUUUCUCUAGAUA